GGUUCGAUCGUAACCAGCCAUUCAUAUCUUUGACCUCAUAGUGUCGGAUGUGUUGGACAUGGCAUUUCUAAUUACUAUUAAUCUCCCAAUUUGUUCUUAUUACGCUCUCACGAUCUCCUUCUCAUCUCUUUAAUAAUCUAUCCGAGUUCAAAUUUGCGCUGCAUUAAUUCGGGAAUCUAAGCGAGGAGCUGUUAUCUGCAGUGGCGAGUACUUCCGGAGCUCUUUCCGCUGGUAUGAUGAAGGCAAAUGCGUUAAUUUUAUUAAUUACUGUCUCAAAUCUAUUGAGACUUGGGGUAGUGAGGUCCGGUGGGGAGCAACCUCUCGAAAGGAUUGCAAUUCAUAGAGCCACAAUUGCUAUUGAUGAGUCAGCCUAUAUCAAAGCUUCUCCUGAGGUUCUUGGGUUGAAGGGGCAAAAUAAUGGAUGGGUGACUUUAGAAUAUACACACCCAAAUCCAUCAAAUGAUGAUUGGAUUGGCGUCUUUUCUCCCGCAAAAUUCAGUUCCGCAGUAUGUGAACCGGAAAGUGGGACAGAAGAAGCUCCUCUGCUUUGUACUGCUCCUAUUAAGUUUCAGUAUGCAAACUACUCAAGUGUCGAUUAUUCGGCUACUGGAAACGGAUUCCAGAAGCUUCAAUUGAUCAACCAGCGGGAGGACUUCUCUUUUGCAUUAUUUUCCGGUGGACUCUCAAAUCCAAAACUGAUUACUGUAUCAAAUACAAUUACUUUUGCAAAUCCAAAAGCACCUGUUUAUCCUCGCCUGGCUCAAGGAAGAAUUUGGAAUGAAAUGACUGUAACAUGGACCAGUGGAUAUGGCAUUGAUGAGGCUCAACCUUUUGUUGAAUGGGGUCCAAGUGGUGGUGAUCAAACACGUUCUCCAGCAGGAACCCUGACUAUCAGUCGGAACAGCAUGUGUGGCUCACCUGCAAGGACAGUUGGCUGGCGUGAUCCGGGAUUCAUACAUACAAGCUUUCUUAAGGAUUUGUGGCCUAAUUUAAUGUAUACUUACAAGCUCGGGCAUAGGUUAUUUAAUGGCUCUUAUGUUUGGAGCCGAUCAUAUAGCUUUAAGGCAUCUCCAUAUCCGGGCCAAGAUUCUUUACAGCAGAUUGUAAUUUUUGGUGACAUGGGAAAGGCAGAAGCUGAUGGUUCCAAUGAGUUUAGGAACUUCCAGCCUGGCUCUCUAAAUACAACCUACCAGUUGAUUAAGGACUUGAAUAAUAUUGAUUUAGUUCUCCAUAUUGGAGAUAUAUGCUAUGCAAAUGGUUACAUUUCACAAUGGGAUCAGUUUACUGCUCAAAUUGAGCCCAUUGCUUCAAGAGUACCAUACAUGGUUGGCAGUGGCAACCAUGAGCGAGAUUUUCCUGGAACUGGAUCCUUCUAUGAGAACAAAGAUUCUGGAGGAGAAUGUGGCGUUUUGGCAGAAACCAUGUUUUAUGUUCCAGCGGAGAACACAGCCAAUUACUGGUAUUCUACGGAUUAUGGUAUGUUCCACUUCUGUAUAGCUGACACUGAGCAUGAUUGGAGGCCGGGAACGCCGCAGUAUAAAUUUAUUGAGCACUGCCUAUCGACUGUUGAUAGACAAAAGCAGCCAUGGCUGAUCUUCCUUGCUCAUCGAGUUCUUGGUUAUUCAUCAGCUGAGUUCUAUUCUGAGGAAGGAUCCUUUGAGGAACCAAUGGGAAGAGAGAGUCUUCAAGAACUCUGGCAAAAAUACAAGGUUGAUAUUGCUUUCUACGGCCAUGUCCACAGCUAUGAAAGAACUUGCCCAGUCUACCAGAAUUCCUGUUUGCAAAAUGCUUCAAAUCAUUACAGUGGCCCCUUUACAGCAACUACCCAUGUCGUAGUUGGAGGUGGGGGAGCUAGCCUUGCUGAUUACGCCCCUUUUAAAGCAAGAUGGAGUCAUUUUAGAGACCAGGACUUUGGAUUUGUCAAGCUUACUGCAUAUAAUCAUACAAAUCUCUUGUUCCAGUACAAGAAGAGCAGUAAUGGCAAUGUUUAUGACUACUUCACAAUUACCAGAGAUUAUCCUGAUAUCUUAGCUUGCAGUUUUGAUAGUUGUCAAAGAACAACCUUAGCUACUUGAGCUGAACAAAUUGUCAAAUAUCAAUUGUAUUGUGUUGUGCUGAAUCGGCAAUGCAAAUAUUUCACAUUUCCUGCAUGAAUUUGGAAUGAGUUGGUUUUCUUACUUA